AUGUCCACGGACAACAACAACAUCCAAACCCCCAACGCAACAAUCAUGUCGACAGCCAACACCAACCCACAACUUCCAACCCCGGACUCAUCGCCAAUCACAGUCACUAUGGCCGCCAACACCUCUACUGACGUUAGUGGCACACCAUCAGCCCUUGAGAGACUCGCACUGUUCCAAUACGUCACCAACGUUCGCAACUACACAGUCACAGAAAUUAUCAACAAACUACCAGGCAACCCAACCGACCUAGCCGAACUACCUGAGAUGAUCACAACCGGUGACUAUCGAUACAUCAACAACAUGAGACUGGUCCUACGAUACCUCAAGCGUGUUGCCAAACAAUGCAAACGCCAACAGAACACCGCAGCCUGUGCCAUCCUGGAACAAUAUCGCGAAACAGUCAAAUUCUGCCAUGACAUGGAAGAACGUCAUGCCCAACGACUCCUGCAUCUUGAUGAUGAGGACACAGCCUAUCUCAACAAGGACACAAACUCUGGAUCAGAUGAUCAAGAUACACCACCGAGAAGCCCUAGUUCCAGCUCCAGUUUCACAGCCUGGGAGGAACCAGAACCAGAAGAACCAGAACCUGCAACUCCAACCCCAAGCAAAGUCAUUUCCGUUGUUGACACAGCCAAUACAGACCAAGUGCCAACCGCAGAUAACAAGUCGACUGCCAGUGAGCCUGUUGUUGGAACCCCAGUACAACACUGGACCAACGACACCGACCCUGACACUGAGCCCAAGUCAGAUGCCGCUGAAGACUAUGCCCCUGACUCCGUGGAGGGUCCAGCAACAAAGAAGGUUGGAAAGAAGACCGCCUCUACGGUUAUAACUGCGCCAAAGCCCAGAAAUACCAAGAAGUCCAAGAAGCACAACAAACCCAAGAAAUCCCCUAAGUCCAAGAAGGGACUUACUACCAACAACCAUGCAGUCGAGGAACACGCCAGCGACAAACCAACUCCAGAAAAGAACUUCAAGGUUGCAAAUGUCACUACUGACAGUGAACCGGAGAAGGUUACUGGUGACACAUGGUCUGAAUACGACUAUGAUUUCGACUACCCUUUGGAGGACUCCACUGCCAACAAGGAGCUUCAGACUGAGGAUGACAGUGACUACGAAGUAGUCCUUUUUAUUCCACCGGAAGGAGAGGCCCAUGCCUACCUUGAGCGGAUAAAAAAGACCAAAUUGUCCAAAGUCCAUGGUGAAGACCACUCUGCCCGACAAGAUGACAACGACAAUGCAGUCCAGUCGGUAAGCCAAGCAGAGAUCGAGUGCGACAAAGAAGAAGAACAAGAGACUACGAUCCUGACCGAUCCUGACACUGACAAGUCGGGAGAAGAGGAUAACGACAAACACCUCCCGCUUGACAAUGACACCUCUCCUGCUACAAAAGCAGCGUGGAACUGUACCGCGACUAAUCAGCUGAGUCGGAUGUUUGAGCUUCUUAGCAUUGCCAGUGCAAAUGAACAGGACAGACAGCAACAGGAAGCGGAAGUUUCUGAUCUGAGUCCUGUUGAAGAAGCAGAUGAACACCAGGAACAAGAAGUCUCUACUCUUGAACCUAUUGAAGAAGAAAACGAAGCAGAGAUUGAUGUUGAGGAAGAAACCACCACGAUCCUGACUGAUCCCGAGCCAGAGACUGAGAAGGUUGAAGACGAUAAGGACGCCGACCUGGUUGAUGACACCACAUCUUCUCCAAAACGACAGUUUUCUGAGACUGAUCGACUGAGUCGGAUGUUUGAGCUUCUUAGCAUUGCCAGCGCAAAUGAACAACUGAGACUGGAAGAGGAAGCUGAAGUUUCUGAUCCUGAAGAACAGGACUCUGCUCCAGUCGAAGAAUUGACCUCUAUUCCUGAAGAAGUGGCCUCUACUCCUGAAGAACCUGCCUCUGUUCCUGAAGAGCCGGUCUAUGCUCCUAUCAACGAACUGGACCAGGACGAAAUCGCUCGAAUUCACGCCCCAAACACCAAAGAGUGUGAUGACUUGAGCCAUGUAUUCCUAUUCCCUCGAGAAGAUGGACCAACACCAACUGUCGAAGAAACAUCCGAAUGGGAAGCAGACAAAAAAGAAAUCUUCGAAUGUGACAAAGUCGAAGCCACCUCCGAAGUUGACGAACUCAACGACAAUGGUGAACCAGAACCGAACAAAGAACCCACCGCAGAAGAAUGUUCCAAUGACAACCCAGACAAGACCACAGCUGCUGCAGGACUCCAUGCGCCAAACACCAAAGAAUACAAUGACUUGACUCACGUCUUCUUGUUUCCAAGAGAAGAUGGGAAUGCUGAACUUGAAGCUGCACUUGCAAAGUCUACGGAAUCCAACGAAGAAACAACUCAGAAAGACAUUUUGGACGAGCAAACACCAUCCACACCAUCAUUGGGUACUACUUCUUUCAACGACAACGAAGCCAUUGUUUAG